CUAAACACAAAACAGAGAGAAUUGAAAAUUCUUCUAAAAUAAACAGAGACGCCCGUAAGAGCUUCCUCGUCGCCGGCUGUCCACCGUCGGUCUUGUCUUGUCCAGUCUCAAUCCGCUGGUCUUUGAACUCGGAGAUCAGAAACGGAAUAGGACCGGUAUUUGCAGUUCACCGUUGUGAAGCCUUCCUGCCGGUUGUUUCUGGCUUCCCCUUGCCACCGCCGUCGAACAAUUUCGGCUGCAAUUGGCCAUUGUCUUUAAAACCUAGUUGCAGUGAAUUAGGGUUCUUUGAAGUGAUAACUCGGUAAAGUUAUACGAGGGGCGAGGGAAGAUGAGCAGCUCCGGUGCUGCAGGGCAAUCGUCAAAACCUGCCAAGGCUGGUUCCUCGCAGCCUUCAGAAACAUCUGUUAAGAGGAAACGAGGAAUGUUUCAGAAAGAUUUACAGCACAUGAUGUAUGGGUUUGGAGAUGAUCCUAAUCGAGUCAGCAAUUGCUUACGAUGGAGAAGGAAGAGGCGGUACACACGCAGAUCUUUGGCGGCAGUGAUGAAUCUGACAACUUUAUGUGGUGACAACUCUGAAGGUAUAAAGUCACCAAAUGCUACCUGGCGAGACUUGUUGAUCGUCCUUUGUUCUGUGUUGAUUCACAAUUCCUUUAACAGUCGAAAGUUUAGAUGGAAUACCUGGUCUGUCAUUAGAUCAAGUGACUUUAGUUUCACUUUGGUGGGAGUAUUAGAUGGAAUGGUCAUUCGAAACAGUUCGAAGUUGGUGGGAGCAUUGUUUAUGUGUUUGUUAUUAUUAUACAUUGUGAUCAACACUCAACAAUUAUCCUGGUUUCCUGUUAAGGUUCUCUUAACACAUAGGGUCUUUUGGUUGUUCUUGGUAAGUGAUUUGGUUUAUUGAGUUUCAUUCAUCUAAAUGUUGAAUCAUUCAAGAACUUCGUAUUUGAAA